AUGUCGGAAGUCAGGACACACUUGGCAACGUUGCGCCGAGCCCCUCGGCGCCUUUGCGCUGCUCAAGAGCUCAAGUGUGUGUUCCUCAGUACGCUUCGGAUUUUGCUCCCGUACCGUCCGCUAAAUAUUAACGGCGUGUGCCGUUCGAAUCCCUCCAUUUAUCAAACUGUAAUAUUUGUGGAAGACCAGUGCGUGAUACGUGUUUUGUCAAUAAGAUGGUAUCACCAGUAGCUGUGACUACACUCCGGGAUUUGUUCGACAAACAGGCAGAAUCAACGAGUGAUAACAUCAUCCUAGAUAGGAUCAAAGCUCUGGCUGUGAAACAUCUCCCUGCAGGAUGGAAGGAAUGGAGAAUAGCAGCGACAACCAAGGACGAUGUCUUAGAGGAACCUAUAGAUCCGCAGAUUUUAAAUAA